ACUUUGCUCCCUGCAACCCUUUCAGUGUAGCACCUGCCUCUGCGGGCUUUCUGCUCUGUGGACUCCGAGGCUGCAGGGCUAAGAGGACAGCAUGGCUUCUCAGACAGUUCUCUAUGACGCCAUUGUGAUCGGGGCAGGCAUCCAGGGCUGCUUCAGCGCUUACCACCUGGCCAAACACAGGAAGAGCGUCCUCCUGCUGGAGCAGUUCUUCCUGCCGCACUCCCGAGGGAGCUCCCAUGGACAGAGCCGGAUAAUCCGAAAGGCAUACCUUGAAGACUUUUACACCCACAUGAUGGACGAGUGCUAUCGGCUAUGGGCCCAGCUGGAGCAAGAAGCUGGGACCCAGCUGCACAGACGGACUGGACUGUUGCUGUUGGGAAUGGCAGAGGAUCCAGAACUAAAGUCAAUGCAGGCCACACUGUCCAGACAUGGGCUGGAACACCAGCGUCUUUCCUCCGAGGAACUGAAGCAGCGUUUCCCAAACAUUCGGUUGACCAAGGGAGAAGUAGGCCUCUUGGACAAGUCUGGAGGAGUUCUCUAUGCAGACAAGGCCCUCAGGGCCCUCCAGGACGCAGUUCGCCAGCUGGGAGGCACAGUGCGUGAUGGAGAGAAGGUGCUGGACAUAAAACCAGGGCUACCGGUCACGGUGACCACCACCUCCAGGAGCUACCAAGCCAAGAGCCUGAUCAUCACAGCGGGUCCCUGGACCAACAGGCUUCUCCGUCCCCUGGGAAUUGAGCUACCUCUCCAGACCCUGCGGAUCAACGUGUGUUACUGGCGAGAGACGGUUCCUGGGAGCUAUGGUGCUUCCCAGGCUUUUCCUUGCUUCCUGGGCAUGGGCCUGACUCCCCACCACGUCUAUGGGCUGCCCUCCGGAGAGUAUCCUGGGCUCAUGAAGGUCUGCUAUCACCACGGUGACACCGUGGACCCUGAGGAGCGGGACUGCCCCAGGGCGAUGACAGACAUCCAGGACGUGCAGAUCCUGUGCGACUUUGUCCGCGCUCACCUACCCAACCUGAAGCCGCAGCCCGACAUCAUGGAACGCUGCAUGUACACGAACACCCCUGAUACGCACUUCAUUCUUGAUCGCCACCCGAAGUAUGACAACAUUGUCAUCGGUGCUGGAUUCUCUGGACAUGGAUUCAAGCUGUCCCCUGUCGUGGGGAAGGUCCUGUAUGAACUAAGCAUGAAACUAACCCCAUCCUAUGACCUGACACCUUUUCGAAUCAGCCGCUUCCCCGGCCUGGGCAAAGCCCACCUUUGACCUCCCUUCUGUGCACAGGAGCCCGGGCUGUGGGAGGCACCCCAUGAGAGGGAAGUGGCCGUAAAAUGUCACCCUUUUCUCCUGCC